GAAUAGUGUAAAGUUGUAGACUGGUAUAUUUAUUUAAAUAAUAUUGCAAGUUAUUAAUGUAUAUUCUGUCAACAUUUUUGCGUUAGCGGUUGGUGUUAAAUUAAAUGUAAUCUUAAAACUAAUUUGAGAUGGGGUUAAAUUGAAAAAAUUUGCUUAGAUGGGCUAUUAAAAAAUUAAAGGAGCAUUUUUAAGCUGAAAGUAUGGUUUAAGUGUAAUAAAGACAAAUCACAUAAAAUACAAAACUGAAGCCAAGUUCACAUGAACUCGAGUAACCGAGAUAGUAUACUUCUGAUAUUUGUAUAACUUGAACAACUUUUUGCAUAUAUUUUGAAGUAGAAUAGUCUCGUCUAAUUUAAGAUUUGACUUCGAGCUAAGUAUACAAAAAGUCCAUCGGGGGCGACAUUAGCGCUUUUGCAAAGCAAUUAGCCUUUGACUUUUUCCGAAAUGGGUAAUAACGCAACUACAUCUAAUAAGAAAGUAGAUGCUGCUGAAACAGUUAAGGAAUUUCUUGAGCAAGCCAAAGAAGAAUUUGAAGAUAAAUGGCGCCGAAAUCCAACAAAUACUGCAAGCCUGGAUGAUUUUGAACGUAUUAAGACCUUAGGUACCGGUUCUUUUGGACGCGUUAUGAUUGUUCAGCAUAAACCGACAAAAGACUAUUACGCCAUGAAGAUUCUUGACAAACAAAAGGUUGUUAAACUUAAACAGGUGGAGCAUACCUUGAACGAAAAACGUAUUCUCCAGGCUAUUCAGUUUCCGUUCCUGGUUUCUCUCCGCUAUCACUUCAAGGAUAAUUCUAAUUUGUAUAUGGUAUUGGAAUAUGUUCCAGGCGGAGAAAUGUUUUCACAUUUACGUAAAGUGGGUCGUUUUUCGGAGCCACAUUCUCGAUUCUACGCUGCACAAAUUGUACUUGCUUUUGAGUACCUCCACUAUCUUGAUCUUAUUUAUCGAGACCUAAAACCGGAGAACUUAUUGAUUGACUCACAAGGAUAUCUCAAGGUCACGGACUUCGGAUUUGCUAAACGUGUCAAAGGCCGCACAUGGACAUUAUGUGGCACUCCUGAAUACCUAGCUCCGGAGAUUAUUUUAUCUAAAGGUUAUAACAAGGCUGUCGACUGGUGGGCCCUUGGAGUACUCGUGUAUGAAAUGGCAGCUGGCUACCCGCCAUUUUUUGCAGACCAACCCAUCCAAAUAUAUGAAAAAAUCGUAUCGGGAAAAGUGCGUUUUCCUUCUCAUUUUGGCUCUGAUUUGAAAGACUUGUUGCGCAAUCUUUUGCAAGUCGAUUUAACAAAACGUUACGGUAAUUUAAAAGCAGGUGUCAAUGAUAUUAAAAAUCAAAAGUGGUUUACGUCGACCGACUGGAUUGCAAUCUUCCAGAAAAAAAUUGAAGCACCAUUUAUUCCACGGUGUAAAGGGCCCGGUGAUACUAGUAACUUUGAUGAUUAUGAGGAAGAGGCGCUUCGAAUUUCCAGCACUGAAAAGUGUGCAAAGGAGUUUGCUGAAUUCUAAUUGUGUUAUAAAAUUUUUUACAUACUGACGCGUAUGGACAAAAUUAAAUAUUGACCUAAUUAGGAGCAUUAAAAAACACAUAAACAUAAAAAUAUACUUUAUAAUUACGCUCGACAUGUCUUAUCUCGUGUACCAGGUAGUUCAAUGGUGUUCUUUAAACUACCUACAAAUAAUUACUUUGAAGCCUAUAAUUUAAAUCAAAAUUAUUUUAAUUGUGAGCACUUCACAAAUGAUUUGCCAACUAUACGCACUGCUCCUUAAUUUAAAAAAAAUAUUUGAAGGGCAAUAGUUCAACGUCCUCUUAUCAAUUUUCUGGUCAUGCCGUUGCAACAAAACCUUCAAGGAUCAUCAAAAAAGUAUAGAGGCAUAAAUUAAAAACCAACGUACAUUUAGGGACAGCGCUUUUGUUGCUUUAUCUGGCAUUAAAUAUAAAAUAUAUUACAAUGGUCAGAGAUUUGGAACCAUCGUAUGCGAUUACUUGGACACUACUUCGAAAUGAAAUAUAUCGACUAAGUCACCUCAAACGAUGUCCGUUCUCCAGGAAUUCUUGCGUUUUUUAUAAUUUAUGACUGAUAGAUGACUAACGCGUGUGCAAUAACUCAGUGAGGCAACUGUAUAUCAAAUCAUAUUAGCAAACGAUACCGGAAGCACCUCUUUUGUUUUUGCUUGCUUUGAAAAAUGUUUACCAUUGCGAAGUACUGAUAAUUAUCCUAAAAUGGAUGCUCACAAAAUGUUCCCAAUAUAAAUGCAUAAAAGCCUCAAACUGGAUGCCCAUAAAAAGGAACAGUACUAAGCGAUAUCAAUAGAAAAAUAUUGUACGAAGAAUUCGCUCGCUUUUGGAAAAUGGAACGAUAAAUAAUAAGUAUAUGUAUAAGAAAAUUGUGUUGCUAGUAAAACUUUAUAUUAUAAAGUAACAAAGAAGUAAUACCCAUAAUUAUUCAUCAUACAUUAAGAAUCCAGAACUAAUAUGUGACGAAUCAUACAUCCAACUAAAUUAAUUAAUAAAACAGAAGUUGAGAAGAAAACAAAUAUA